AUGAUCAUCUGGGCGGAGCCGCACCGGCUGUGCGACGUCUACACCGUAUGCGGCGAGUUCGGCGUCUGCAACGAGAAGAGCGAGCUCUACUGCAGCUGCCCCGCCGGCUUCCGUCCCUCCUCCGUGGCGGACUGGGAGCUAGGAGAUCACUCGAUGGGCUGCCGCCGGAACAAUCCAUUGCGGUGGUGUGACGGUGGCGCGAACACCUCGUCGGUGCACGGCAAAGGCAACGGCGGCGACGACGACGCCUUCUUGUUGGCGCCAGGUGUUUCUUUGCCGAGAAAUCCAUCGCCUGCAAGGGCAUCCAGCGCUGGAGACUGCAGGCUGGCGUGCUUGAGGAGCUGCGACUGCACCGCGUACUCUUACGACAGUCACUGCUCUCACGGCGGCUUGCUCAACUUGCAGGACACGGCCGGCGUGGAUGGCCUUUACCUCCGGCUGUCCGCCAUGGACGUCCCCUUCUCGAAAGGCCGUAGGAGAACCGUCGUCCUCGCUUCCACUGUCGCAGUUGCGUCGUUCCUAGCCAUGUCCGCCAUCGUGUCUGUGGUACGGUGGCAGCACAUGCCCAACGGCUUGCUGGACAAGGCGCUCUUCGGGGGAGCGCCGGCGCCGGCGCUGAGCUGGCGCGCGAGGUUCCAGGUCGCGCGCGGCGCGGCGCGGGGCCUGCUGUACCUCCACGAGGGGUGCCGGGACUGCAUCAUCCACUGCGACAUCAAGCCGGAGAACAUCCUGCUGGACAAGGAUCUGGUGCCCAAGGUGGCCGACUUCGGCCUCGCCAAGCUGCUGCGACGGGACUUCAGCAGGGUGCUCACCACGGUGCGGGGCACCAUCGGGUACCUCGCGCCAGAGUGGAUCUCCGGCGUGCCGGUCAGCGCCAAGGCCGACGUGUACAGCUACGGGAUGGUGCUCCCGGAGAUCAUCUCCGGGCGGCGGAACGCGCGGUGCUGGCCGACCGCGGAGCAGGACUCGUCGUCGCUGUCGGGGUACUUCCCGCUGGUGGCCGCGAGGAAGAUGAUGAUUUUGGAGAAACUGUGA